GCAAACAAGGAAAGCAAAAUGGCAGCCAGUAACACUAAGCAAUGUGGAACUGUAGUUACAAGUUAAACGUAUAGAUGCUUACAUACUCCUUUAUGAAGUUACCCAAAGUAGUUUCCAUUUUGUCGUUGAGUUAGGGAUACCAUUAUUGAGAUGGGUUUAAAAUUAAGUACAAAUAAUCAAACACGUAUGCGGACCUAUUCAGCGAGUACCCCUGGCUCGAGUAAUGGUGGUGGUGCGGGUACAGAUGUUGUGGCUCGGAAUGGUGCUCAGUCAUCAAGAGCCAGAGCUAGAAGUCUUGGAAACUUUCAGUCAGGGAACUCUGGAUCGUUAAGUAUUCCAGGGACUUCAGGUGGUACUCACAGAAGCAGUUCGCCGGAUUCAGAUUCCAGUUCCCCAGAAGAUGGUGCCCUUUCUUUGUUUGGUGGAAGAGCACCUUUCACAAGCUCAUUACCAGUUCCAAUGCAUCUAUUUGCACUACAAGGUAUCAAGUGCCCUGUGUGCUCAAAGCAGGUAGCCUCAGAUGAUAUAGAAUGCCAUCUUGUCAUGUGUCUCACAAAACCACGUAUUAGCUAUAAUGAGGACAUCUUGUCAGAAGACAAAGGGGAAUGUGUCAUCUGCUUUGAGGACCUCAUCCAAGGGGACACAAUUGCCAGACUGCCAUGCCUUUGUAUAUACCAUAAAGGAUGCAUUGACAAGUGGUUUGAGGUCAACCGGUCGUGCCCAGAACAUCCAUCAGACUAGUUGAAACCGCGAUAACUGGUUAACAUUUUGCUUUUAUUAAAAGACUUCUUUGUUAUAUACAUAUAUAUAUAUAUAUUUACAUAUAUAUAUAUAUAUAUCAUACAGUUUUGAUUUACGUGAUACAAACAAUGGGUUUGCUAACCCCAACUUCAGAUAAAUGUGUAUAUAAUUGUACAUACACGUUCUUAAGAUGAUUGUUUCGAUAAAUUCAAUUCUUGAGGAUGCCAUGCUGAUUGUGAAACAUACAAUUCCAUCUUGGUUUAAUUGAGAGGAUGCUUGUGCAGCUUUGAGGAGUGGUCAUCGUCGUGGCAGAGUUGAGUGAAUGUACAGCUUCAAUUCAAGAUCUGGUCUCUGUAAUGGCCUGUAUUUUGAGAUGAGUGAAUGGACAGCUUCAAUUCAAGGUCUGGCCUCCAUUAUGGCCUGUAUUCUGAGACAUAUGAAAGGACAGCUCCAAGGUUUGGCCACCAUGGCCCAUAUUUUAACCAGGAUAUGUACACCUGCCUCCUCCCUACACUUCUGUUGAUGCCUCUAUUAUUAUAGCUUUUCCUUUAUGCAUAAUUCUACUUUGUUGGUGUAAUAAAUGUACUGUGUUUUUUAUUUUAUUUUUGUUGAGCAUUUUUCUAUGUUGAAAAAAAAUUGCUUUCUUCAGAAGUUAUUGUUUUGUUUAAUUCCCAGAUUUUAAACAUUAUUUACUUUUGAUAAUUUUUGUGUCAUUUAUUGUUUUUUUAUCCGUCUUUUUUAUUAAUGAAGUAGAUAUCUAAUUGGAUUAUGUAAAUUAAUUUAGCAAAGAACUGGGGGGGGGGAGGGGAUUUAACAGAAUUUAAAACUUAAGGAUAAAUUUCUCGCAAUGAGCUACCCAAAACAACAAAAGAUCAUUCCAAUUUGUCUUCAAUACUUGUGUGAGCUUUAUUUAACAGGCGCAACCUUUUACAAUACAAUUGAUUCUAAAAUUUUACACACCUACUGAUAGUUGUUUUUUUUCCCCAGUAACUUUUAAAGAUUAAUUUUCAAAAUUGAUUUCAUGGCAAUAAAAACGAAAAUUUAAAACAAAUUUCAGCUUAAGUCCUUUUUAACUGCUAGGUGUAUUCAGAUAAGUUGUACCACCAAAACUGGCUUCCUAAGAGAGUGAUUAACGUCACUGUCUCUCACACUAUGCACAUGUUCUCUCAUCAAUAUGGCCAGCUAUAUUUAGAACCAUCCACACAUUUCUUCCAUUUCUUUAUAUACAUAUUUGUUUUGAUUUUAAUUAAUUUUUCAACUUAAUUUGCAAAUAUUUAAAUAAUCACAGCAACAACAUAAGCUGUAAUUUGCACUUUGAUGUUUUAUUUCAUUCAUUACUAGAUAAACAGACAAACGAACCAUUGAUUUUAUGUUAGAGGCAUUAAAUAUGUGAAUCUUGCAUUAAAGUUUUAGUUACAGUAUGCUGUUUAAAAAAUAAUUAUAGAUUUAGUUGUUAAAACUACCAUGGGGCUAUUUUUAAGUCCCUUUUUUUUGUUCUUGUAUUUUUGUUUUAAAUAGGUUUUCUUUUUUUUCUAGCAAGGUAAUAUGGUUUACAUUAAACAUAUCUGGAAAGUUAAUGGUAAUUGAAAUCACCAUUUCAGAAGGUUUUGAGUCAUGAUGAUACAACAGUUUAUGGUCCAGUGUGUAAUGGUUUAGUGCUGUUGAUUAAUCCGGUCACAGAAACAGGUUGCCCUCAGUUGGGAUUACAUUAGGUGCUUUUGUUGUUUUUAAAAAAAAAUUGUUUCCACCCUUGUAAUUCCACAUUUUUCUUAAGUUUUGAAACCUUUUCUUGUUAUUUUUAUGUAGUUUGUUUUAGAUAAUAUCCAGCAGAUGUAGCUUUUCUAAAAUUAAGUAUUGGUGUAGAGGUAUUUUUGUGCUUAAAUGGGUUUUUUUUUGUAGAAGUAGUGUUAUUUUUUAAAAGAAAUUUAUUAACAUGUAAUGAACCACGCCAUCACAUUUAAUACUAUAGUACUAACCUGAAUGUAGGUUGUUUCGUUUUUAAGCCUGUCUUUGAAAUGUUAUAUUUUGUAUGAUUUAGUAUAUUUGUUAAUGAUAGAUAACGUUAAUUACUCAAGAAUAAUUUUAACAGUGUGGUUUGGAUUUCCACAUUUUGACAUUAACACAUAUUUGGUGAAUAUAGUGAAAACACAUUACCAUAUCUCAGCUAACUUUUAAAAUGAUUUUGAAUUUCCACAUUUCACCAUAUAACAUUGGUCUUUUGGUCUGUAUAGAAAAUACACUAAAACAGUAUUCACUUAACUUUUAGAAAACCAUUGAGUAGUCUCAUGGUAGAGCACUUUAGUCUUCAGUUUGAUCCCCUUAAGUCAAUAGUCCUGCAAUCCACCCAGUACAGAUGGGUACCUAACUAUUGUUAAGGAAAGUAUGCUGAAGUCACAAAAAGAGAUAAACUCUACUUUACCUGAUUAGGUCCUUGAGUAAAAAAAAAUUACUUUGGGAAAAUAAUUUGGCCUUUUGUAGUUAAAAAUUGUUUCUUGUGUUGUUGUUUUUUUUUUAUUACUUUAUGCUGUAUUUUCUUUGAAAAGGAGAUUCCACAUUGCUUGAUUUCAUUUCUAUUUGACAAGUGUAGAGAAAGCAGGGCAUACUCAAGGCAUAUGUUUAUGUGGGCACAUUCUUCUGCAUGGCUUCACUGCAGAUACCAAACAGAAUAAUUGUUGAGUUUGUGUGAUCUUGUUGUUAUGGAUGAAAUCCCUUACUUCAUGGGUGUCUGCAGAAAUUUUUUUUAUUAUAAUGGAGGUCACUCUCAGUCAUUUGUAGACAAUUUUGGAUUUGUUCGUUUUUUCAGAGUACUUACAUUGAUUUUAUCACAGAUGUGCUUUGUAUUUACAUUAUAACAUCUCCAAUUUCUAUUGAUUAGGUAUUUUAUUCCCUCAACGCUGCCUUGUAAAUAUCCAAGGGUUGUGCCCUAUCAAUACCUGAUUAUAAAAGAAUAUCAAGGUUAGCCACUGUCCCUUUAUUAGAAAAGGGUCAUAGAAAUACCUAAACUCUACUUCAUCUACUUUGUUGCCCAGGUCUAAAAUGGUACUUCCUAAUGUAGUUUUUUUUCAGGAUACAAAAUCUACUGCCCCUACCUGUCUGUGUGUGUGGGGGGGGGGGGGGGGUUUAAAGCUCCCAGUUGCUAAACCAAAAAGCCCAUACCUCAAGCCUCUGGGUAGAUGUGGCAUUUUAGCUGGGGGAAAGCACCCCAUCUAGGAGAGAAAAUUUAAUUAAACAACUGUUUCCUUGUAGUUUGUUCUUGGAUGGACAAAACUAAGGCUAUGGAAGCAAAUCCAAGCAAAAAAGCAGGCUGAAGUCAGGUUCAUUGGGACAUAACAUAUUGACACAUCAUUCUUGUGUUGGACGAAAUCGUUUCCGUUAAAAUAAGAAUGAAGAAGAAAGAAGUGUGGGUCACCUGAUACUAAAACCUUUGCCCCUACCUAUUCUGCGGACACCCAUAUCUGAUAUCCUUGUUAUAUGUGGACACCGGUUUCUAAGCUGUUGGUUGUUGUCAAGUUUAUGUGAUAAUGACAUAUACCAGUAUGAUUGUGUAAACCCACUAUUCAUUUACCCAUAGUGCGCUAUUGUGUGAAUAAAUUACAGACUUUUUUGGUGUGGUUAUUUAGAUUUAGGGUGUUAUCAUGUUCCUGUUAUGGUCUGACUAUUCAUGGGAGCAAUCUAAAAUAGGUUGGUCUGUGAAAUGGUGAUGUUGUUGAAAUGGCUGCUGUUUGGACCUAAAAUGGUGGUGAUGAAGGAAUGGCGGAUGUUAAGACUGUAAAAUGGUGAUGUUGUUGAAAUGGCUGAUGUUUGGACUGUGAAAUGGUGAUGUUGAUGAAUUAAUUGUGUUAUGGUUUUUGAACCAUAUGCAAUUUGUUAAAGAAACAUUUUUGAUGAUUCAACUUAGUGUCCUUCUUAUUGAUCUAAAGCACAUGAUCAGUUUUAAUGGAGUUUUUAGAGUUUUAGUUGAUACUUUAAUUAAAAAUAAACACAUUUUUGUUUGCGGAUUAUUUUUUAAAAAUGAAGGUACGUUUUAUAUUACAAUCAGUGAUAAGCAUAUUUUGUUUGUUAGGUAAUUUAUUUUUGCUAGUAGCAAAGGAUUGGUAGUAUAAUUUUAUGUGUGCUAUGAAAGAUAAAUCAUCAGGUAUAUAAGUUUUAUGUAUGAU